AUCAGCACAAUUAGGGGUUUCGCUCUCUCUGUUACUUCCUUCCUCGUGUAUAUCCUUGCGACUCAAUUUUGUUCCGUUUGCUGAUUUCUAAGGAGAAGCAUACUAUUUGGUCGAAUAUGGGAAAUAUCAAUGAGUUAUGUGACGAUUUGCUGGUGAAGAUUUUGUUAAAAAUCCCGACAAAAGAGAUUGUGGCGACGUCACUUUUGUCCAGACGAUGGUGUUCUGUAUGGAAACUUGUUCCCAAGCUAGAGUUUCAUGACUAUUCAUACAUAUAUCAUGCCACAUCCGCCGCACCUUCAGAGUUUAUCAACAAGUUCUUGGAGCGAAGCAUAACCCCUGUACUAGAAACUUUUCAUCUCACUCUUUGUCGCCGAGAUUAUGCCCCUGAAUCUUUUGAAAAAUGGGUUAAUGUUGCGGUUGCUCGCAAUGUUCUUGAUCUUAAGCUUUUAUAUUACCUUAUCUGCCGUGAUCCUAUACGGUUUCCUAUGAGCUUGUAUGCACAUGAAACCCUUGUGGUAUUACGCCUCCAAGGAAUGAUCAUUGAGGAUGUUCCUUCGAAAGCCUGUUUCAGGAGCCUCAAGAUUUUAUCUCUUCGAGAUAUGAGCUACUCAAGCGAUCAAACCGUUGAUAGAUUUUUGUCUUGCUUCCCUAUUCUUGAAACAUUGGUUGUACGUCGAUGGUUAGCCGACAAUGUGAAGACGUAUUCGAUUUGUUUGCCAUCGCUGCAGAGCUUAGACAUCGAGUACUUAGUAGGUGGUUAUCAAGAUCCAAGAUAUGAUCAUGGAUAUGUGAUCAAUGCUCCUUGUUUAAAGUAUUUACAUAUUGUCGACCAUUUUAGCGGCUUUUGUUCAUUAGUGAAUAUCCCUGAUAAAUUGGAAGCAGAGAUCCACCUUAGAUUUUGUGAUUCUGACAAGCUUCUGAGAUCUCUUACCUCAGCUAAACUACUUUCCUUGUGUUUAAAACCACAAAUGGAUUCAUGUCUAAAAGGCGACUUUGAUCAGCUCGUGUCUCUAGAGCUUUGUGUUAUGUGUUCCUUAGAUUGGUUGAAUAUUAUCCUCAAACAUUCUCCUAAACUCCGAGUUCUCAGGCUCUCGAGAACGAGACACAGCUGCCAAAAUUCUCGAAAUGUCCGAACUAACUGGGAGCGACCGAGUUGUAUUCCUGAAUGUUUGAUGUCCAGUCUCGAAACUGUUGAGUGGAUUGCGUAUAAAGGAACAGAAGAAGAGGAAAAUGUGGUGAAAUAUUUGUUAGAGAAUGGGAACCUUUGCUUAAAAAAGCGUUGGUGCAAGGCCAGUUAUGAAAUUCUUAGCUUGGGGCCGAGGAGCUAGGCUAGCUCAGGCGACUGAGAUACAGGCCAGAGCGAGGGGCACAAAAAGCGUAAGAGGCCAGAGCCUUUUUAUUUCUCAUCAAAACCAUGUUUUUAAUUUAACUAGAUUCUUUCUCCGCGCUACGCGCGGAAAAGUGUGUUGAUGUUUAUUUCCUGAUCGUAUGUUUCAAUGUUUGUGUUUGGAAUGAGAGUGUUGUAUUUCUCAAAGUAAUGAGAAAGU